UAUAAAAUCCUAUAUUAUUCUUAUAUUCCACUGACUUAGCCAACUCCAUCUGUCUCUUGAGACCCCAGUUUCUACAUCUGAAGACCACAUGCUUUACUGUUCUCCAUGACUUAUCUCAUUGGAAUGAGACAGGGAUUCAGUGUGUGUGAGAAACACUGUGAAGAAUUGUGAGUACCAAGCAAUGAAAACCAUAAAGAUUGAGAAAAAUUUAUAUAAACACUGAUGUUGAGGGAGUGAUUAGAAAUUGACCCAAAAGGUACCUGCUUAUUUUAAUUUCCCUGUGAUCUAUACGACUUUAGGGUUUUAUUUGGUCAUGAACUAUUUAUUUUUUUACUGUAAUUUUAUGAACUUCCAACUUUCAUUUCUCUUUAGUGAAAGCCACUCACAGAAUCAUUGUGAAAAUAAAAUUAGAUGAGUAUGAGAAGGCAGUUUUGAAAAUGAAGACAUUACCAUUUUUAGAUAUUGCCCUUGGGAUCUGUGUUAUUUGAUGUGUGGGUUGAAGAAGGUUCAUAGAUGUUGACGUAAUGACAUCAUCCAAGAGCUGGGACUAAGUAUGCACAUCAGCAGAUUUUAUGAUUACAAAGAUUAUCUGUGUGCUAAUUCAGCGUCAGUGGAAUGUUUCAAUUUUCUUAUGAAAUGGGGGAGAGCCACAUUGGUUUCAUUAAAGACAGUGAGUCUAAAAUUAGUAUUGUUUCAACUGGUAAGUAUGUUAUCUACUCUUUCAGGAAGAGUUGGGGACUUGAGAUGAAUUUCAAAUAAAACAGCAAACAGGGAUAGCUUUCAAAGGAAAAUACACACACACACACACACACACACACACACACACACACACACACACACACACACAUAUCUAUCUUCCUGACAUACCAGGAGGAAAGAAGAGGUCUCAUGCAACUAUGUGGUUAAGAAUAUAGGGUUCUCAAAAAAGUAUCAUAAACCAAUAUGGAAGACAAAACUAGAUAUUUAUAGAAAAGUUAAUUUCAUUUCAUCGCUUUACAUUAAUUAUGCAUGAAAAUCAGUUUGUUAAACAAGAAGGAGAACAUAGACAUGAACUCUGCUCAUUUUUCCGAAGGACCUCCUACACUGAAACAGCAAAGGAGUAGAUGGCCAAGGAAAAGUAUACAGAUUUGACUCAGAAAAUGAAAUACUCUUGCAUCAUAAAACAUAACAAGCCUAAAUGGAAAAACGAUGGAGUGGGGAUUGUUUUUAAUAUGUGAACAACCAUGUGAAAAAACAAAAAUUAAAUGUGAUAAUUGAAUAAGAAAUGCAUAUUAUUCCAGGAGGGAAAGGACACAUAUCACAAGCAAUUGACAAUAGAAGAAUUUCAUAUGAUAAAUGAAUAAGAAGCCUUGAUGUCAGUACACACAAGGAUUUGUUCUCAACUGAAAGGAGUUCAGAAAGCUGUGCCCUGCAGAUUCCUGACAUUCCUUCCUAACCAGAAUCAUCUUGAACGGCUCCAAGCUGCUCUCUGAGUCUUCCAGCCUGAGCAACAGGAGGUUGGGGAACUGAAAAGCAGCGGAACCAGAAGCGAAGGGAGCGGUGCGGACAGGGGGUAAGAGAAGCGGAGGACCGGUAGGCCUAGUUUCCAGGCCGCGGUCGCGGUUGCAAAGGGAUGGAACCUCUGCGUGUCUUGGAGCUGUACAGUGGCAUUGGUGGCAUGCACCACGCGCUGCGAGAAAGUGGUAUCCCUGCGCACGUGGUGGCUGCUAUUGAUGUGAAUACUGUUGCUAAUGAAGUGUACAAGCAUAAUUUUCCUCACACACACUUACUGGCAAAGACAAUUGAAGGUAUUUCACUGGAAGAGUUUGACAAGCUGUCUUUCAAUAUGAUUUUAAUGAGCCCUCCAUGUCAGCCAUUCACAAGAAUUGGCCUACAGGGGGAUAUGACUGAUCCAAGGGCAAAUAGCUUCUUAUAUAUUCUAGAUAUUCUCCCAAGAUUACAAAACUUACCCAAGUAUAUUCUUCUAGAAAAUGUUAAAGGUUUUGAAGUAUCAUCUACAAGAGGGCUGCUGAUACAAACGAUAGAAGCUUGUGGCUUUCAGCAUCGAGAGUUUCUAUUAUCUCCUUCCUCUCUCGGUGUUCCAAACUCAAGGCUACGGUAUUUUCUCAUUGCAAAGCGGCAGUCAGAGCCCUUCCCUUUUCAGGCCCCUGGUCAGAUACUGAUGGAGUUUCCUAAAAUUGCAACUAUACAGCCACAAAACUGUGCAGUAGUUGCAGAAGAUAAGUUAAGAGUACAGAGAACUGAACCAAAUAUCUGCUUGGAUAGCAGCAGCACACAGUGUUCUGGCAAAGAUACCAUUCUUUUUAAGCUUGAAACUGCAGAAGAAAUUGACAGGAAACUCCAGCAGGACAGUGACCUCUCUGUGCAGAUGCUGAAAGAUUUUCUUGAAGAUGAUGACACAAAUCAGUACUUUUUACCCCCCAAGUUAUUGCUGCGAUAUGCUCUUUUAUUGGAUAUUGUUAAGCCCACUUCCAGAAGGUCCAUGUGCUUUACCAAAGGAUGGAGGAUCCUUUAUCUAGUCUUCCCGGACCUUUCUACUCCAGUCCUCCCUGAAGCCGUAUGCAGUGAAGGCCGAGUUGCACAGAACGGGCGGUAGGGAGCAGCUCGAUUCUCGGGUGAAGUCUCUAACCCUCCCCACCCUCCAUGAGAGGCAAAAACAGUCAGCAGGCCCAGCUGGGGUAAGCUUUCCUGAGAGAACAUAGAUGCUAACCCUCCCCAACCCUCCAUGAGAGGCAAAAACAGUCAGCAGGCCCAGCUGGGGUAAGCUUUCCUGAGAGAACAUAGAUGAAUUUCCAAAAUGGUGGCUGCUGGCUUGGAGGGUAGUCACUCAUAAUCUUCUUUGGAUAUUGUUGCCAUGGUAAUAUAAAAAUCUUUUUUAUGUUCAUGGUAAAAGAGGAUCGUAAUUUGUUUUAUUGGUUGCCUAUGGUUGAAUAUUUUAGUGUUUAUUUUGGUUUUUUUCUUGACUUAUGACAAUUUUUAAAAAGCUUAGAGUGAUGGGGAAAAUUGGACCUUUCAGGAAAAAAAAGUUAAAGACCCUAUCUAUUUUGUGCAUGCCCCUCAACUUCAUUCACUGGGGAGGCAGUUGUGUGAUGUGACAGUUCAAACUGUCUUUUUGUCUGCUGGUUUUAGCCUCUCCUGCAGCCAUAUAGACUCAGCCUGAUUUUAUGAUCUGCCUCUGUGCUUGCAGGAGAAAGAACUUAUUACUUUAAAAGACUCCAGUCAGCUGUUAUCUAUUACCAAGUGCAAUAGGUUCUGCUUAGGACUCUCAUAAAAUAGUACUUAUCAAUUUUGUAAUAAAAAGCAACCUUGAUAUUCUCAUGUAAUAAAGAUGACAUAAAGGAAACCUUACUGUGGCAGUCUCUUCUGCUAAAGAUGGCGCGCGUGCGCGCGCGCGCGCGCACACACACACACACACACACACACACACACACACACACAUGUUUAACUGUGUAGCGCAUAUGAAGAGGCAGUGUGAAACAGUAUUUAUCCCUGAUGUACUUUCCUAGUUUAUAGUUUAAAUUGUCCUUAUCGUGAAAAGAGUGUUUAUGUGGUGGAAAACCAGCUUGGCAUCAACAGAAAAAUAAUGCUACCUUUCAUUUCUGAAAUAUUGUAUACUUCUUGUACAAUUUUUAAACUAAUUAAUUCUUAAAUGAAAAUGAUAAUAAAAGAAUACUGAGUUAAUGAAAGUUAAACUCAGGUUUAGUUUCAGUGAACCACGUCUAUGUGGUAUUAGGGGGCUGAAGACUUUGGAUGCUGAAAAGAAAUUUUAAUUCAGGCAUUAUAAAAAUAAUAGCAGUAUGUUUUCAUCUAUACAUUUGGUUUAAUGUGGCAUGGACUUUUGUAAUAUAGUGUGUACUUUCUAGUGAGGAACAUUGCAAAUAUGAUAAUUAAUAAAAAAUGCUAAUACAUCAUUCAGUGGUGUUUCUACAACUCAACUGCCAUGUGUAGUUUCUGAGAAGUUUAGAUAGAAUUAUGUCUUUUGUCUUAUUUUAAAUUACAAAGCAUAUUUAUAUACUAUUACUCAAGAUGUUUCAGAAGAAUAUAAAUGUAUGUCAUCCAAGAAAUACUUUAUCACUUAGAAAUAUUUUUUAGAGAGAUCUUGGGGUAUUCUCAGGUCAGGACAGUUGUUCUUAAUCAGAAUCCAUGUCAAAUAUAGUUAGGCAUGGUGGCAUGCACCUGCGACCUCAGCUCUGGGGAAGUGAGAACAGCAGAUCUCUGGGCCUUGCUGGCUGGCCAGCUUAACCUGUUUGGUGUGUUUGAUACCAAUGAGAGAGCCUGUCUCCAAAAAAACAUUGGAUUAUGCUUGAGGCAUGACACCCAGGGUUAUCCUCAGACCUUCACACACAGGCACAUACAUGCACACCUACAUACACAUAAACAGCACAUAGACUCACACAUGAGUACAGAUGCGCGCGCGCACACACACACACACACACACACACACACACACACACACAGAUAUUUGGCAUUAAAAUACAUUGGAUAUUGUGUAUUAUUCAUGUGAAUU